CGUUAAAUUACAGCGCCCAGGAUAUGUUAUUUGAGCGAGCAAGAACUGACAUUUUUCUCAGCUCGCGUUUAUGAAUAUUUUUUCACCAAUUAAGGUGGUCAGGGAAUUAUCACACCACUGCAUAAUAUCUUUGUCCAAACACAACCAUUGACUCUGUACCCUCGCCAUGGUAGAGGAUGACGAUUUAACGCCAAAUGUUAUGUCAAACCAAAUGUGGAGCAGCAAUGGCGAGUUUGUCCCUCCUGACGGAAUAUGUUGGGUGUCUGUUCUGUCAUGUUUGCUGCUUGCCUGCUCCUACGUUGGGAGUUUAUACGUGUGGAGAAGUGAUUUGCCAAGGGACCACCCGGCCGUUAUCAAGAGGCGCUUCACCAGUGUCCUAAUCGUGUCUGCCUUGUCGCCUGUCUUUGUGUGGACAUGGAAGGUGUACACUGGUGUGAUGCCCGGCCCGUCGUUGCUGGCUCUGAUGGGCAUUCGCUUCGAGGGCCUCAUCCCAGCCAUCAUACUGCCUCUGCUGCUCACCAUGGUUCUGUUUCUUGGCCCUCUCAUCCAACUGGCUAUGGACUGCCCCUGGGGCUUCAUGGAUGGGAUACGAGUGGCCCUUGACCCAUGGUUCUGGGCUCUGUGCCUCAGAGACAUGCGCUGGCUGAGGAACCAGGUGGUGGCCCCUCUGACUGAGGAGCUGGUGUUCAGGGCUUGUAUGCUGCCCAUGCUGGUACCCUGCGCCAGCCCCUCCACUGCCAUGUUGACCUGUCCCCUCUUUUUCGGAGUAGCUCACUUUCAUCAUGUGAUAGAACUGCUGCGAUUCAGACAGGGCAGCGUGUCUGGGAUCUUUCUCGCUGCAGUGUUCCAGUUUUCCUACACUGCUGUCUUUGGAGCUUACACUGCCUUCAUAUUUAUCAGAACAGGUCACCUGGUGGGACCGGUGCUGUGCCACUCUUUCUGUAAUCACAUGGGCUUCCCUGCCCUGAGCACGGCCCUGGAGCACCGCCACCGCCUCACCAUCCUCUCCUGCUACCUGCUGGGGGUCCUCCUCUUCCUCCUCCUCCUCUUCCCCCUCACAGACCCCCUCUACUACGGCCUGCCCACCCCCGUCUGCACCCUGGCCUCUGUCCCCAGCUCCCUAUGCAUCUCCUGAUCCAACGCCCACCCACCACACACACCCCUCUCUACUUGAUGGACCGGUUCGCUGAUUCUACCACCCAUCAGCAGCCAAAAGGAGGAGCGGUCCAAGUGGUCCUAGCACUAGGGGUGUUUUAGCUCUUCGGUCAUGCCUGCUUGGAUGGGCUCUCUCUGGGGGGAGGUGGGAAGGGUUAUGGCUGUGUCAGGUAUGGACAUUCAGUACUAUCGGCUGUCUAUACUAUGUAUGCUGCUAGGGGCAACUUAGACAGCCAUUCCCUAUGUUCAGGUUACAUUUGCAGUCAGUCAGUUAGCCAGUCAGUUAAUAUGUGGUCUGUAGUGUCGACUCAACAAAGGAACCGUAUCUGGCCAAGAUGUGAGGCGCUGUAGUAGUAAGACAUUCUGGUGAUCAAUAACGUCAGUGUUUUCAUUGGUUCUAGAUGCUGAAUAAGAGUUAUUUAUUUACACAUCUGCAUGUUUCUAUACUGGUGUUUUAUUGGUGGCGGAUAGUUGGGUUGGACUGUAGUUGUCCAUGAUAGUUUAGCCACAGUUCUCAGUCUUCCUCUCAGGCUUUUAAGACACCAGACGAUUGGUGUUUGGCGAGAUCACAAAGUGUACAGUCUUUACCCAGCCCUGAAUUCAGUCAUACACUCAAGUUGUCGCUCAUUCCAAGUCAUGCCGAUAGAAGCCUAUAAUCCCGAAGCUAACAUUACCAUUCUUAGCGCCAGGAGUUUUUCCCUGACUAUGUGAACCUGAUCAGGAAAAACUCUGGGCCCCUAUCAUUCUCUGCACACAGUUUGACUCUUUGUUCUUGAACUGCUUCUUUAUUUGAGCGAUUGAAGGGGGAGGAACCUUAAGGUGGGGUGGGAUGAUGGACAGUUUCCCCCUUAAGGGACUUGGACCCUUGUAAGACUCAGGUGUCCUGUAGUCGUAUGUAGGUUUGAAUGAUAUCUACCCACUACUUUGCAUGCUGCUACAUGUUGCAAUAUGGAUGUCAGACAAGAUGACAGGUCUAUAUUCUUCUACAGAUGGACACACACACACACACACACACACACACACACACGCUACAGUGCAUUUUGAAUGUAUUCAGACCCCUUGACUUUUUCCAAAUUUUGUUACGUUACAGACUUAUUCUAAAAUUGAUUAAAUAAUUUUUCAGCAAUCUACACACAAUGACACGUUUAAAUUUUUUUUUUUACACAUGAAUUACAAAUUUAAAAAAUUAUACCUUAUUUACAUAAGUAUUCAGACCUUUUGCUAUGAGACUCGAAAUUGAUCUCCGGUGCAUCCUGUUUCCAUUGACCAUCCUAGAUGUUUCUACAACUUGAAUGGAGUCCACCUGGGGUAAAUUCAAUUGAUUGGACAUGAUUUGGAAAGGCACACACCUGUCUAUAUAAGGUCACACAGUUGACAGUGCAUGUCAGAGCAAAAACCAAGCUAUGAGGUCGAAGGAAUUGUCCGUAGAGCUCCGAGACAGGAUUGUGUUGAAGCACAGAUUCCUGUGGCAUUUAAGGUCCCCAAGAACACAUUGGCCUCCAUGAUUCUUAAAUGGAAAAAUGUUGAAAUCACCAAGACUCUUUCUAGAGCUGGGCAAUUGGGGGAGAAGGGUCUUGGUCAGGGAGGUGACCAAGAACCAGAUGGUCACUCUGACAGAGCUCCAGAAUUCCUCUGUGGAGAUGGGAGAAACUUCCAGGUGGACAACCAUCUCUGCAGCACUCCACCAAUCAGGCCUUUAUGGUAGAAUGGCCAGACCGAUGCCACUCUUCAGUAAAAGGCACAUGACAGCCAACUUGAAGUUUGCCAAAAGGCAUAUAAAUGACCCAGACCAUGAGAAACAAGAUUCUCUGGUCUGAUGAAACCAAGAUUGAACUCUUUGUCCUGAAUGCCAAGCAUUACGUCUGGAGGAAACCUGGCACCAUCUCUACGGUGAAGCAUGGUGGUGGUGGCAGCAUGCUGUGGGGAUGUUUUUCAGUGGCAGGGACUGGGAGACUAUUCAGGAUCGAGGCAAAGAUGAACAGAGCAAAGUACACCAAGAUCCUUGAUGAAAACCUGCUCUAGAGCGCUCAGGACCUCAGACUGGGGCAAAGGUUCACCGUCCAACAGCACAAUGAUCUUAAGCACAGAGCCAAGACAACGCAGGAGUGGCUUUGGGACAAGUCUGGCCCAGCCAGAGCCCAGACUAGAACCCGAUCGAACAUCUCUGGAGAGACCUGAAAAUAGCUGUGCAACAACGCUCCCCAUCCAACCUGACAGAGUUUGAGAGGAUCUGCAGAGAAGAAUGGGAGAAACUCCCCAAAUACAGGUGUGCCAAGCUUGUAGCGCCAUACCCAAGACUCGAGGCUGUAAUCACUGCCAAAGUUGCUUCAACAAAGUACUGAGUAAAUGGUCUGAAUACUUUUGUAAAUGUGAUAUUUUAAUUUUUAAAACAAUUUAUUUAGCGAGAAAAUUGUUCCCUGUUUUUACAUUGUCAUUAUGGGGUUAUUGUGUUUAGAUUGAUGAGGGGGAAUAAAAACAAUUGAAUCCAUUUUAGAGUAAGUCUGUAACGUAACAAAAUGUGGAAAAAGUUGAGGGGUCUGAAAACUUUCCAAAUGCACUGUAUUACCCAAAAGAAGGUAAUGUACAGACAGUGUUACAUCCCAAUGUUUACUCACUCACUCACCGCAAAUGAUACUUUUCGUUUGUGAAAAUACAUUUAUUUGACCAGGCUGUGACCAUUGUAGUCCAUUGCACUAUAUAGACAGGGUGUAGGUUAGAUUCAGGGUGGGUUGUUGAUUUUUAUAGGGAAUUGUAAUGGGACCUGAUGUAAUACUAUAUAACAGUUCCACCUGACUAGAACAGAAGUGUGGUGUGGUUCAUGAACCAGCAGAUUGAAUCACACUGAAUGUAUUGCAACGGGAUGUCGAGGCAGUUGAAGUCACUGGUCCGAUUUAUAAACAGACUUCAAUGUGUAAAUUGGAACCAUAUCUCUGGAGAGUCCCAUGCAGGAGACGCUAACAUUCACUGACAAAGAUCUGUGAAGCGAUCUACCACAGCAGUGAGGACUGUACUGUAUAAGCUAUGAAGGAGUUACAUUAUGGUUCUUCAGCAAUAACUUAGUUGAUGGAAAAGGACCAAAAUCAGGGAAUUAUCUGAAAUGGGUGUGUAUGUGAAUUUAAAAAGCACUUCUUGUUGCUUGAACAUUUCAGAAUAAUGACCAGCCAUUAUUUUGAAUAGCUAGUUUAUGUUUGGGCCAACCUCAGAUGAGCCAUGUAUCUCCUAGUUGAAGGUUCAAUAGACAUUAUCUUGAAUAAACCUGCAUGGUGCGUCCAGACCAUCUGUAAUGACCUGAAUUGUACGUCAGAGGGCGCAAGAGUACCAUGUCUGGGCGUGCUGCCGUCGUUAUGUGAAGCACAGGAACCUGGGACUUUCUCACAGGCUGUUCAUGGGGUUGUUCUUGACGGGUAGUCAUCCGUCACUUGAAAAACCAAUCUGUUUUUAUUCUGUUUUUUUUCCUCCCACAAGCCUUGAUCCAAUAGACAGGACGGAUAUCGGCUUAGAGAAGAGAGUGGGUUUGAACCAAACAACUUAGUGAUACAGAUCGGCUAGCUACCUUCGCUCUGUUGAGUAAUCUCUCAGAUUAAUUAAACAAGGACUGUAGGAUCUAGCCUCCCUUUUUAGAGUCAAACUCUAAAUUAUCUUGAUGUCUCCCUCUCACAACCUGCAUGUGAAUGUUUUGACUUGAGGCACUAGGCACUGGCCACUCUUAAGCACUGGCCACUCUUAAGCACUGGCCUAGAUGUCAUUUUGGACCAAUAACUCAGAUGACCGUUGUUUCCCCCUACAGUGACGACCGUUGUUUCCCCCUACAGUGACGACCGUUGUUUCCCCCUACAGUGACGACCGUUGUUUCCCCCUACAGUGACGACCGUUGUUUCCCCCUACAGUGACGACCGUUGUUUCCCCCUACAGUGACGACCGUUGUUUCCCCCUACAGUGACGACCGUUGUUUCCCCCUACAGUGACGACCGUUGUUUCCCCCUACAGUGACGACCGUUGUUUCCCCCUACAGAGACGACCGUUGUUUCCCCCUACAGAGACGACCGUUGUUUCCCCCUACAGUGACGACCGUUGUUUCCCCCUACAGAGACGACCGUUGUUUCCCCCUACAGAGACGACCGUUGUUUCCCCCUACAGAGACGACCGUUGUUUCCCCCUACAGAGACGACCGUUGUUUCCCC